GAUUUGAUAUCGAGCUGCGCUGCGGCGUAGCGCGAUGGGGCCUGCGCUGCGGCGUAGCGCGAUGGGACGAUUUUCUGGUGCCGUCAGUGCUGACAUCUGUGGGGGAAAGGCGGUACUUUAGCGAGUCUCCUUUGGUAACCCAGAUGUCACUGGUGCAGUCUUCGAAGACUGCACUUCAAAGCCUGUCUGGUGUCUACACAGGCUGCAGCAAUUUUGAUAUUGAUUUUUGCUUCUCGUCUGAUCUCAACUAUGUUGCGACUGGACGGUCUGGUGCCUGCUCGCUUCCUGAGCAUAAUGUCUCAUCUGACUCUCACCAUGACUCUCCUAAUGGCGCGGGAGGAGAACGUGAGUGCCUGCCUGCCGCUGGACUACACGGACGAGGAGUUUCAGACCAAGGACACAGAGCUGGCGGUGGGACUGGGCGUGGCUGCGGCUCUGAUGCUGCUGGAGCUGCUCGGCUUCUUCCUCGGUAUCUCCAUGUUCAUCCCGACGGCGGCAAUGAUCUCGAUCCUGUGCCACUCGUCGGCCUCUGUGGCGCUGGCCUACAUGGUGUUUGACUCAUGGGACUGCGACCUGCACUGGCUGAUUGUGGCGCUGUGCUCAGCGCCGCCGGCCGUGGCCGAGCUCUGCGCACUGGUCGGCGUCGGACUGCUCAAACGCGGCUGGUGAGGGCGGGCCGGCCAGCCCUCUAACCUCUGCUCGGCAGAUCUGCGCCCGGCCGUCUUACUUGCGCCCAGCAUUGGCUUGCGCCCGGUCACCGGCGCUCUGACCCGGGUCCGGUCACCUGCCGUCUGAGCGCACUUGGAUAGACUGUGCCGGAGAGCAGUGAAGUGACAGAGUUGUCCGUCCUCCGCUCCCCAAAGUCAGUGCUUGUCACUGCUAUCAUCGUGCUACUUCUGUCACCGUUGAUAACAGUGCUGUAUACUAUCUCCCUGAUCUCAAUGGUCGCCUGUGGUAAGUCGAAGGUGCCGAAAUGUGAAAACGAUGCCGUCCUGUACUGUCGUGUACCUACUGCUCUAGUCAGCACUCCAUUCAUCAUCAGUCAUCAUCAAACAUCACUGUCACGAGUGUCGCCUAUGUUGUUUUUGCACAUUUAUGUAACGUUUUCAAUAAAUGACACUGAAAGUG